AUGCAGGCACUGCAGCCGAGCCACUUUAAAUUGCUCAACUUCGUCCGGCGACAAACCAUUCUAGGAGUUCCGGAAAUUACGACAUGUCGACCUAACAUUGAUCUUCUGCAACUGGCUCAUGCGACGUGGCCAGAAGUCGCGGAUUUGCGGCGGCGCUUCGAUCACGUCAGCAACAUGUCGACUGGAACUUUCGACGCCAACAAGGCGCAAAAUUUGCCCGAGAUCGAGAAGCAAAUGGCAGUUCGAUGUGUCGAGCACGCUCAGACCUACUGGAAUCUCUUGGAGAAGAUCAAGCCUUCGACGCUUCGCUUGACCAAGAUUGAUGACGAGAUGUACGAAGACUUUCAGGCCUCGUUCCCAGAGUUUGCUGAGUCUGGUGACCCCAAGUCGGUGCUCAAGAUCGACGAAGAGGCUAUGAAGAGCCCCGCCGGCAAGGAAAAGUGGAGACUCUUCAUCAACAAGUACGAGAACAAGGUCGCCGACUUCAACUUUGGCACCUUGAUCCGCACCGAUGCGUCCGACGAGUACACUCAGUUCAACACCACCUUUGUCACGCGGCUUCAAUUCUACGUAUACGAGAUCGCACGUUGCCGCCGCGGCCUCAACGACUGGGUCUACGAAAAGGCGCAGAAGGAAGCAGCCAAGGAGAAGGCCAAGAAGGCCGAGUCUGCUGCCAAGUGA